UCCUUCUGUUCUUCUGGAUAGAGAAAAAUGAUGUUUUCGCCUAUACAUAUGCACUCAACAAGCCACAGCAGAAGAGCCACCACCUUGCAAAAUCUUUGCAGAAGGAAAAAAAAGGGCGGAUUUUAACAUUUCAAGCUCUUCAUCAAAUGGACAGGGUUGCGGUCGUUACCGGUGCGAAUAAAGGGAUCGGAUUCGAGAUAUGCAAGCAACUAGCUUCGAAUGGAGUCUUUGUUGUGUUGACUGCAAGAGAUGUGAAUAGAGGGAAUGAGGCUAUCGAGAAGCUCGCGAGUAGUGGGAUCUCCAACGUGGUCUUUCAUCCGCUCGACGUGGUCGACGGGACUAGUGUCAAUUUGCUUGCGGAUUUCGUAAAGGCUCGGUUUGGAAAACUCGAUAUUUUGGUGAAUAAUGCAGGCGUAACCGGAGCUACAGUCAUGAAUAAAGACUUGGUUUUCACAAGAGAUAAAAUUACAGGUCCGCAGGCCAAAUCGAUGAAAGAAUUCAUGGAGCAGACCUAUGAAUUAGCAGAAAAAUGUCUGAGGACUAACUACUAUGGAGUCAAACAAGUGACUGCUGCUCUUCUACCUCUUCUUCAACGAUCAAAUUCGGCAAAAGUAGUCAAUGUCUCCUCUUCCCUUGGCCAGCUUCAGAACAUCCCCGGCGAGAAUAUCAAAGAGGAGCUCAAUGACAUCGAUAGCCUCACGGAAGAGAAAGUGGACGGUUUGGUAGUGAGAUUUCUGGAGGAUAUCAAGGAGGAUAGGUCGGAAACUGGAGGCUGGCCGAUCAUUUAUUCCGCUUACAUCGUCUCCAAGGCAACUCUCAAUGCUUACACUAGAGUUUUAGCAAAGAAAUACCCCGGUAUCGCCAUCAAUGCCGUGGCCCCAGGUUUCGUCAAGACCGACCUAAACCACAACACUGGGUUUUUGCCAGUCGAGGAAGGCGCGAGAGGCCCCGUUAUGGUGGCUUUAAUGCCGAAAGAAGGACCUUCCGGCUUUUUCUUUGCUCGGACGGUAGUGUCGACCUUUUGAUCAAGAUUUGGAUGAGUACUGCAGAGAGGCUAUGUCCGUAUAAACCCUAAAGCUAUAUAUGUUAUAUUGCAUUUUUCGCUCUGUUUAUUGGUAGGAGCUUCUAAAAACGCUUUUAGCACUAUACAAUUUAGAGUUAUGCUGGUGCGAGUUUUAAAAUGAUUUAGCAUUAUACAAGAUGAAAUGAUUCAAUUUGGGUCAAAUCUUUUAUAGAGUCAUUUUGACUACGUAUGGAAUGACAAUUUGUUCUCGAAAUGGAAUUGUACGUCCGCAAUUAAU